UUAUCAACGGCAAGAGAAGAAUAAUAAUUUUGAUUCGCCGUUCCAAUUCAAAAAAAAAAAAAUCGAAAUUCGUCGUGGGAGCUAUUUCAGAUAGUGGGGUGAUAUCUAUCUAUAAAUGUGGAGUAGGUCGGGAAGUUUGUCAGGAAGAAGUAGCUCGGCUUGUAGUUCCACAAGUGAUUGCCAAAACAACUCCUUUGAUGCUGCUGACGAGCUUCUGCAGAUUGGGUCAAGACGCAUUCAGCUAAGGAUAGAGAAGGACAUGCUCAAAGAGUCCCAGCCUCAUAGUAUCGAACUAGUCAGAAGGUUGGAACUCCACACCAAGUCAUUAUCGAAAUCUCGUUUAGAAGACACGGCUAGAAUUAGGACCAUGGAGAAAGACUUGUUGAAUUGCUAUAAAGAGAUUGAUUACUUGCGAGAUCAGCUUACUUUUAGAAGCAAGGAAGUGAGUUAUCUCAAUGAGCAUGUGAACAGUCUUGAAUGCAAAUUGGCUGAAUCAAGGAACUUGGAAGAAGAAGUUAACUCUUUGAGAGAGGAGUUGUGUUUGUCUAGAUCCGAGCAUUUGUUGUUGUUGCAAGAACUCGAGAGUAAAGAAACGGAGCUACAGUGUUCAUCUCUUUCUGUGGAGAAACUGGAGGAGACCAUCUCAUCCUUGACAUUGGAGUCCUUGUUUGAGAUAGAAAGCAUGAAGCUCGAUAUAACAGCGUUGGAGCAAGCACUUGUUGAUGCAAUGAAGAUCCAAGAAGAAAGCGUCCUAGAAAAAGAUCACCUAAGAGGGAUAAUCAGAGAGAUCCAUUUGCAGUCACAAGAGGCGGAAAAGAAAGCCAAGUCCUUUGAGAAGCAAAACGAAGAGCUAAGGGAGAGCAUGGCCGCCGCUGAAAAGAGUAUCAAAGAGUUCUUACACCGUGCUAAAGAACGGCUUGAAAGUGAGGAAGAUCAACAACAACCCCUAAAUGCAGAGUGCUUCUUCGCUGAAUUGAGCCAUCUGUUUCCAGUGUCUAGUGAAGUUCGCGAAUGCUUUGAUGCAGUCAUCAAGAAACUAGGAGUUUCCCGGAACGAAACUUUGAUUGAUAAAAUGGAGGGCAUGGGGAAACAGAUACAGCUGCACGAAGAUCUUGUGAAACUGCUGAAGGAGGAGCUGAAACAGGAGAAACUGAAGGCGAAGGAAGAAGGGGAAGAACUUACGCAAGAAAUGGCUGAACUAAGGUAUAAGAUGACUUGUUUACUCGACGAAGAACGAAAACGCCGCGUGUGUAUAGAACAAGCAUCAUUACAGAGAAUUGCAGAACUAGAAGCACAGAUAAAGAGAGAGACGAACAAGGGCUCUUCCACUGAUAUGCUGCCUCUUUCUGGGUCAUGAAAAAUCGCAAGAUGGUCAGGAAUCUCAUCUCGAAAAGAAUAAUAACCAUACACUAAACUCAGCAGCUGCAAUUCAGACUCUUCCUCCAACAAGGUUUCCACCUUAGUUCUCCAUGCUUGGAAGGUGAUGGGAUCUUAAUCACACAUCAAAUCGCAGGAUGGUGAGGAAUCCAGAGACUUAAAGUGGCUGGAGAGCCGAACAACAGAGGUCUGAGUUAAAUCAUUUGACUAAAUGUCUUGAAGAAUCUAGAUUUACUGAUUUAGAGAUUGUUUCUGGUUCUUUUAGCUUUUAGAAUGUGCCUAGAUUGCUUGGAACAGUGAGUGUAUGCAUAUUCUUUGUUCGUUUUUUGAUAGAGAAAAAGGGCAUGAUGCGAAGCUAGUUUUAAAGCUAACAAUUAUAUCCCUUAUCACC